GCAACAUUGUGGCGACGCCGAGACCAGUAGUUCAGGAGUCCGCUCUCUGGUUCCGGCUGGCUCGGCGCGCUGAGGGGCAGCGCGGGGUGUAGGGUCCCGGCGAGCCGGCGGCGAACGCGCGCCCCCGCAUCCGCCCGCGGCUUGUAAACAGGUCCGGUCGCACGUGACCGUGUGAACUGCCUGCUCCGGGCUGCGCAUUGUCUCUUCGGAGAGUCGCGCCACAAAGAAGCGGGUGGGAGAGCGGCCGGCGCGCUAAGAUGGCUGAAGGCGCCCGGCGAGGGUGAGCCGGGGGCGCGGCCGCCGCGGAGACUCGGCCGGCGCCGCGCCUCGGCCCCCCCUGGAGCUGCCAUGUCGUUCGCGCUGGAGGAGACGCUCGAGUCCGACUGGGUGGCGGUGCGGCCCCACGUCUUCGACGAGCGCGAGAAGCACAAGUUCGUGUUCAUUGUGGCCUGGAACGAGAUCGAAGGCAAGUUCGCUAUAACCUGUCACAACCGAACGGCCCAGCGGCAGAGGAGCGGUUCCCGGGAGCAGGCGGGCACACCCGCGCCCGAUGGCCCCUGCGGGCCCGGCGGCGCGGCGGCCCGGGGUCGGCCCGAGGCCGCCGCCCCGGCCCCGGCGCUGCGGAGCCCGGGCGCGCGGCGGAGCCCGGCCUGGGCCGAGGGCGGCUCUCCGCGCGGCGGGCGCAGCCCGAGGCGGGAUCCUCUCCGGGGUCCGGCGGGCAAAGGGCCGGAGAGCCCCCGUCGGAGCCCCGCGCCGGCCAGGCCCAGCCCGUCCCGCAGGGGCGCGCAGCCCCUAGACGCGCCGGCCGCCGCCCCGCCAGCCCCGCCGGCGCCCCCGGGGUCGUCCGUGAGGGUGGUGAGCGCGUCCGGGGCGGUCUCCGAGGAGAUCGAGGUGCUGGAGCUGGUGAGGGAGGACGAGGCGCCGCAGCCGCCGCACCCCGGCUCGGAGCGGCCGCCGGCCGCCGCGGAGCUGGAGCCUUCGGCCGAAGAGUGCAGCUGGGCCGGGCUCUUCUCCUUCCAGGACCUGCGGGCCGUGCACCAACAGUUGUGCUCAGUCAACUCGCAGCUGGAGCCGUGUCUGCCGGUGUUCCCGGAAGAGCCGUCCGGAAUGUGGACGGUGCUGUUUGGGGGCGCCCCCGAGAUGACCGACCUGGAGAUAGACGCUCUGUGUUACCAACUCCAGGUCUACCUGGGCCAUGGCCUGGACACGUGUGGCUGGAAGAUCCUCUCGCAGGUGCUUUUCACCGAGACAGACGAUCCCGAGGAGUAUUACGAAAGCCUCAGCGAGCUGCGGCAGAAGGGAUACGAAGAGGUGCUUCAGCGGGCCAGGAAGCGCAUCCAGGAGCUCUUGGACAAGCACAAGACUAUAGAGAGCAUGGUGGAGCUUUUGGACUUGUAUCAGAUGGAGGACGAGGCCUACAGCAGUCUUGCAGAGGCCACAACUGAACUCUACCAGUAUCUACUUCAGCCAUUCCGAGACAUGCGAGAGCUUGCCAUGCUGCGAAGACAACAGAUCAAGAUUUCCAUGGAGAAUGAUUAUUUGGGACCACGAAGAAUUGAGAGUCUACAAAAAGAAGAUGCUGACUGGCAGCGGAAAGCUCACAUGGCUGUGUUGUCUAUUCAGGAUCUCACUGUCAAGUAUUUUGAAAUAACAGCUAAAGCUCAGAAAGCUGUGUAUGAUCGGAUGCGAGCAGAUCAGAAGAAAUUUGGCAAAGCAUCAUGGGCGGCAGCAGCUGAACGCAUGGAAAAACUCCAGUAUGCAGUUUCUAAAGAGACUUUGCAGAUGAUGAGAGCUAAAGAGAUUUGUUUGGAGCAGAAGAAACAUGCACUAAAAGAAGAGAUGCAAAGUUUACAGGGUGGUACAGAAGCUAUAGCUCAGUUGGAUCAACUGGAAUCUGAUUACUAUGAUCUGCAACUCCAGUUGUAUGAAGUACAGUUUGAAAUCUUGAAGUGUGAAGAGUUACUAUUGACUGCACAACUGGAGAGCAUCAAAAGACUUAUCUCAGAAAAGAGAGAUGAAGUGGUGUACUAUGACACUUACGAGAGCAUGGAGGCCAUGCUGGAGAAGGAAGAGAUGGUGGCAUCUGUGCAUGCACAGAGGGAGGAGCUACAGAAGCUGCAGCAGAAGGCACGGCAGCUGGAAGCAAGAAGGGGGCGUGUCUCAGCCAAGAAAGCCUACCUCAGAAAUAAAAAAGAAGUUUGUAUUGCAAAACACAAUGAAAAGUUCCAACAGCGUUUUCAGAGUGAAGAUGAAUAUAGAACCCAUCACACAGUACAACUAAAGAGAGAAAGAUUCCAUGAUGAAGAAGAAAGAAAAAGUGCCUGGGUUAGCCAAGAGAGACAGAGAACAUUGGAUAGACUCCGCACAUUUAAGCAGAAGUACCCCGGGCAAGUCAUCCUUAAGUCAACCAGAUUACGAGUGGCUCAUGCGAGAAGAAAAGGCAUGACAAGCCCUGUGCCCUGUGAGGAGCAAUACGGCUCUCUCCCAGCAGUGCAGGGGGAGGAGAUAUCAGAGCUAGGAGAAGAAAGAAGCCAGCUUGGGUCUUCACAGGCUGCAGAGCCCCAGAGCCUUGUCCAACUUGAAGACACUUCAUCAGAACAACUUGAAGACACUUCGUUACCUCCCAGUGCUGUUACCUCUGAACUGUCUCCUGUGUCACUUUCACUUUUGACUUCUAAUGACCUCAAACCAUGUUCUGCUAUCACAGUUCCACUCCCACCUACUCUUCCUCCAACACCUCCCCCUCUCCCUCCUCCACCCCCACCCCCGCCCCUUCCUGUUGCAAAGGACAACAGCACUACCACCACUGCAGAGACACUGGAGAAAGAUCUCCUUAAAAAGGAGAGCAAUGAGAAGAGGAUCCCAAAGUCAGCCAGCGCCCCGUCAGCACACCUGUUUGAUAGCAGCCAGCUGGUCAGUGCCCGGAGGAAGCUCAGAAAGACUGCUGAAGGUUUGCAGAGGAGGAGAGUGAGUUCACCCAUGGAUGAGGUAUUAGCAUCCUUGAAGCGUGGUAGUUUUCAUCUGAAAAAGGUUGAACAACGGACUCUGCCUCCUUUUCCUGAUGAAGAUGAUAGUAAUAAUAUCUUGGCGCAGAUAAGGAAAGGGGUAAAAUUGAAGAAGGUUCAGAAAGAAGUUUUGAGAGAAUCCUUCACACUUCUGCCUGAUACAGACCCUUUGACACGGAGCAUCCAUGAAGCUCUGAGAAGAAUAAAAGAAGCAUCCCCAGAGUCAGAGGAUGAGGAGGAGGCUUUGCCUUGCACAGACUGGGAGAACUAGCAGGUGGCUUAACAAAAAGAAGAAAAAUACUAAUGGAUGAAGACUGGCUCUGAUUCUUUAGUGAAAAAGUUUAAGCUCUUGGUCCCACAAUUGGAUUCCAGUAGAGUCCCAAGUAUUGGCAAAGUGGUAUGAAAAAAAGGAAGCUCAAUUGGGAGGUUAUUACUGUUCAGUCAUUCAUUGAUAGUGGUGACAUCAGUUUUAUAUGUGCAGUGUUUGUAACUGCAGUGAGAAAAAGCCUCCUGGAGAUGGUUGUUACACACCUUCUCUUUCCAUCCACCCAUUCAUAACCUCAUAAUGGUCAGCUGCUCCAGGUGUUGCUCUGAAUUCAAAGAACACUGAGUUGGCAGAGUUCUGCUAUGUGAGCUGCUUUGGGAUUCGUCAUUCAGUGAACUGAGAAGAUACUUGCUGAAGCACAGCUGCUCCCACAACAGCUUAUAGAAAUAGAGUGAUAUGCUAACAACGACACUCAUCAUGGUAGUUACAGCCAGGAAUUAAAAGGAAACAUGGAAUACACUUAAAUUUUCACAUUAUUCAUCUCCAGAGGAGAUGUUCAGUAUCUGAGAAGCCAGUGGAGAUAUACCUAUUAAUGUGUGCUGAAAAUAGGACACAUUGAAGAAGGCAUAUCUUUAAGAGGCAACAGUCUUACAUUUUGUAAGAGUUUGAAGUUAAAAUUUCCAUGCUUUUAAAAUAGCGUUUCAUAAUUCUGAAUUUAGAAUAGUUUGAAUUUUAUGUGCAUCCUGUUUAUGAGAAGCAAUGCUUUGUAAUUUGAUAACGUUUCAAAUGAUUUUUAGUUCUUUUGUUUGAACUACUGCUUGAUUGCUAUAACUCAUGACUUUUCUAUUGAGAAUCAGAUACCAGGAUUCAACCCUAGAGGCACAGAUUAGACGUCUUUGUAUCAUGCACCAGUUUAAGUUUUUAUUGUUAUGCUCCAUGGUGAGAAGCACGUGUUCAGUAAAGGUCCAGAAGGUGGCCAGUCCCAAAGCCUCCAGCUGGCUUUCUUAUGCUUUGGAUAGAACUUUAGGGGAGGAACAUUUGUUGCUGUCACUAAGUCUUAUGCUUACAUGUGUAGAUUUAGUGAUGACUUAGCUGUAUUUUAAAGGAUCCAGUUAUGAAUGGAGCUGGCAUGGAUUGUCACUGGGAUUAUGUGGAUGUGCCUGAAGGCAGAUGUGCAGUUUAGUGGGUGCUAAUGGUGAGGACAGGUCUUGGCUUUAUAUGGAGGGAUUGAAAUACCAAAAAGAACUUCAUUCCUAAAACGCUCUUUCUCAGCGUUGCCCUGAAACUGCCAUGAAACAGAAGCCCUUCAAUGUUUGCCAGUGUUUUCCUCCAGAAACACAGCUCCCUUCUUGUCACUUUUAAGAAAUGUUUUUCUUUAAAUUAAUUAUGAAAAAGAUUAUUAUAAUGGGUUAUAGAAAACCAAAUCAUUGCACCUAAAUAUUCAUAACAUGUUUAUUGAUGAGACUGAGAGCUCCUGUAUCAUUUCUUUUAUAUAUUGUUUUUAGUCCUAGGAUAAUUCCCACAUCUUGUCUGCAACAAUUAAAACAGCUCUGAUAUACAGACCUCUUCCCAAGAUGAUCUCUGUGUUCUUUCUACCUUCAGUAAAGUGCCAUACUGUUUAACCCAGAGGCACUGGCUAGAUAAAAACUACAAAGUCACCCAGCAUUUAUACGCUUCUCAUAUUUACAGAUCCAGGCAUCAGUGUUUUAUCUUUCUAGUUUAUUUAUUUGCUUUUGCAACUGGGCUCAUUUUUACAACAGUCUUCUUACAUCUGCCUCUCCAGUGCUGGGAUUACAGGUAUAUGCCAAGAUGCCUGGCUUCGUUUCUUUUUUAAGAUUCAUAUUUUAAAAUUAUCUUAAAUUAUGUUUAGUAUGUACACAGAGGCUCUGCCCUGGAGCUAGAUUUACAGACACCUGGCAUGGUUGCUGGUAAUCAAAAUGGGUUCUCUGAAAGAAUGGUGUGUGCUCUUAAUCCCUGAGCCAUCCUCCCGCCCCCCCCCCCCUCUUUUUUUUUUUCUGGUUUUUUUGAGACAGUUUCUCUUUACAAAGACAGCCUUGGCUGUCCUGUGCUUGCUUUGUAGACCAGGCUAGCCUCAAACUCACAGAGAUCCUCCUGCCCCUGCUUCACUGAGUGCUGGGGUUAUAAACGUACCACUACGCCCCGCCUAUUUUUUUUUUUUUUUAACUUUAGGAAAAUAAGGAAUGUACUUUAAACUAACAAAAGUCAUUGUAUUGUAAUCAGUUUUCUUUGUAUCAAAUACUGAAUGGGAUAACAAGCAGUUCUCGGCACAUCCUGACACAGGUCUCCAGGCGUGACCGCAUUCCCAACAAUCCAGCACUACAUCAUGGAACCCGCCAGCCCAUUUUCAAGUAAAUUAUUUCCUCCUAACAUGCCGGUCUCUCUGCCCAGGAACCUAGUUCUUUAAUUAGAGUGUGGCUCAGUAGAGUACAAGACCUCAUGUUCCAUCUCUAGCAUUGCUUCCUAAUCCCCCAAGAAAAGAUUUCUACUUCAUAAAAUCAUACACCAUUGGAGUUAUUCACAAUAAUACGAUUUAAAAUAACUAGUAUACAUGUGUUCAUUAAAUCAACAGAUGAACCCUCAUUAACUUAAAGAGGUUUUUAGGGCCACAGGAAAAUGAGAACAAGCAUGGUAGCACCCCUCUCCCCAAUUUUAGUUUCCUAGACACCUAAUAAAACAAGGACCUUUUGCUUAGUUUUGGAUGCAGUCAGCAGACCAGAAGUGAUAAUGUGGCAUUCCCCGUACAUUCAUGGGUCUACUUGUCAUGGCCCUCACAGUCAGUGUUUCCAGUUCUGCUUCUACAGUCAGAUUCAUGCUGUGUCACUCUUCAUCCAGACCCUGCUGAUUUGUGCUGUUCUCAGAUAUUUUAUACUGAGAUGGGAAACAAGCAGAUGACUUGAGGGUGCUUAGGUUAGUGUCAUGCAUACUUGAAUGUCAGUUUCAAAUACUUCCCUCAUACAACCAAAAUUAUGUGUAAUAGCUAGUAUACUAUGUACAGAAAAGGCUGACUAUUUAAAGUCCUAAUUGUAUUUUAGCAGUAAGAAAUUGCUGGGAAAUGAGGACUUUUAGGGGCUAAGCAAUGGCUUUAUUUAAAGAGUGCUUUAUUGGGGGUAUAGAGUUCAUAAACUGCAUAAAAGCAAUCAUUCUUAGUUGUUCAUUGUGCACUUAAACUUUUUGCAGAAAUCCUUUUUCCCCCUUCCUGAGACAGGGUUUCUCUGUAGCCCUGGCUGUCCUAGAACCAGGCUGGCCUUGAACUCAGGGAUCCAUGUAUCUCUGCCUCCUGAAUGCUGGGACUAAAGGCAUGCAACACACACGUGGCACACGCCUGAUGUGGCCUUUCUUUGUGAGCACUUUGUUGACUCUACAGUGUGUGUGUCUUGGGAGGUUCUCUUCUGUAAAUUUGAAUGUGGUGCAGCACUUGGCGCCACAGUGUGGCCUAGAAUGCGCUAAAUGCAGUGUGUCACAGACACCUCACACGAAGAAUCAAAACCCAGUGGGGCGCAGCCUAAUAGGCAUGGGGACCUACACAUUGAUGCGGUUGCAGUCUCUAUACUCCCUGAGACAUCUUUUUUUAAUUGAUUCACAAAUGUGUGUGUAUUUAAAUCAGAGCUUUUAGCCUAGCUUUGUAGUAUGCUUAUCACCAGAAACCAACAUGCAGAAUGACUUUGGGUCUUUGUCGGACCUAUCAGGGAGUUUUGAGGUUUCUUCUGUUUCACCGGAUAAAAUAACUAAAAAAUCCUGAACAACACAAGAACAUUUCAAACAGUUGUCAGCUUAAGAUCAUUUGACAGGGGAAGCAGAGACCUUGAGUUUUUCCUCAUUUUUGCACUGAAUAUAAAUGAUUAUAUAAAGCUAAGUGUGCAUACUGAACAUUUUAUUUGUGCUUGGUGUUGUCUCUGACCAUCAGGACUUUAGAAGGAAGAGGAGUGAGCAAGCAGAAGCACCUUACUUACUGUUGAGCAUACUGCUCAACAGUCUUGCUACUGAACACCUCAGUAGUUAGGCCUGAAGUCUCCUUUUUUGUUAAAGCACAUUAAAAUUAUUCUGCCUAAUUGCUUUGUAAGAUGAGGCAAUAAUUUUAUCCUAUAAAUGUAAUGUAACUUUAAAAAUUUUCUUAAAAAAAGAGUUUAUGUCAUUGUCUAAACUAUCGUGUGUAAACAGAACCUUUUAAAAGUAAGGGGAGUUGAGAAAGAAGAGGGGAAGGGAGGAAGAGAACGAACUAAAUGUUGUGAGUUAUGUGAAAGGUGUUAUUUUAAAUUUUCUGUUUUGCCCACAGUAAAUGUACAACUUUGGCAUUAAUAUGAUUUGAUGGAUUGAAUUCCAAGUUUAUAAAUGUCCAAUCAAAGCACAUUUAUUGGGCCACUAUAAGGUGCAUGUACAGAAAAAACCUCCAUGCUCAAGGGUUCAUGAAAUGCUGUUUCACAUCAACUCUCAUGCAGUCAUUUAUUUUGAGAGGAAGGGGAUGUUUCGUUUCUUGUGUGUUUGUUUUUGUAGAUUCAGCUACAGUUAAGAGUAGUUCAGUUUGGGGCAUUGGAAGUACGUCAGAGAAACUGUGAAAAGUUUAAAAACAAGGUAUAGUUGUUAGAGUUGAGUUUUGACCCAACAAAACCUUUUUACUUGCAUGUUGUAUAUUAGGUUUCUUCGUCCAAAUUCCAUUGUCUUUACUACAGAGUCUUUGCAAUUAUGCAAUUACCCGUGGCAUUUUCCUUUCAUGUGAUUUCCCCCUCAUUUGUAUGAGGUAGCAAGGGUUCGACUGUGCAUCCCAUAGCAGUGACUUAUAAUGUCUUCGGUGCAGUCCCCACUGCCUCAUUGAAUCUCUCUGUACUGUAUGCAUCGCCAAGUAUGGAGCCAUAAUACUUUACGAGAAAUGGAAAAUUACAGAUCAUAUUGCAUGAGUAAAGCCCCCUGGAGCUAAAGAAACUGACACUUUUUUAAAUGAAAGUUAAAUUGGCAAACUGACUCACCAUUACUAGCUUUGUGCAAUGUUAUAAAGGCAGAAACAAAAUACUAGUGCACUGUGCUUGGCUUUACAGGAUGGCUUCCCCACCAUACAUCGAGUGAAUUGUCCGCAGCAUACUGUAAAUGCCAUCUCUUGCAAAGUUAUAUACUUAGAUAUGCUCAGUUAACAUUCUAAAGUUUUAAACACACAAAGAAAAUACUAAGCAAGCAUUUAUAGCAAUACUAUGAAAUCUCCAAUAAUUGUUUUGACUGUUGCCUUUUGCUCUUUAGUGCAACCUUUCUGCAUCGUAAUUGUGCUGCUUUUUUUUUUCUUUUUUAACAUUUUACACUCCUGACUUCAGACUUAAGUACUUGCUUACCCAGUAUUGCACUCUCCUUUCUUUUAUUGUACAUGCAAUGUAACGACACAGUUUUGGUGCUUAACAGUAUUCCUUUUUUCUUUAAUAAAGGAUAUUUAUUUGAAUUAACUUGAUUUUGUUUGUUUAAAUACCAUCAGUGGUAGGUAUUUUCAUUUCAAAAAGGAGCAUAGCAAUAUUGCACAAUUUUAACAAUGUGUUUAUUUUCUGCUGACAGUAUCUUUUUUGCAAGUCUCUUAUUUUAUUAAUUACAGUUUAUUCACUGUGUAUUCGAGCUGUAGCCCCCUCCUCCAUCCUCUGCCAAUCCCACCCUCCCUCCCUCACUCCUCUUCUCCUAUGCCCUUCCCCCAGUCCAAUGAUGGGGAGGUCUUCCUCCCUUUCCAUUUGACCAUAGUCUGUCAGGUCUCAUCAGGACUGGCUUCUUUGUCUUUCUCUGUGGAAUGGAAAGGCUGUUCCUCCCUCAGGUGGAGGUGAUCCAAGAGCCAGCCCAUGAGUUUAUGUCAGAGAUGGUGACUGAAUGUCUUGACAAAAAGCAGCUUACUUAGGGGCUGGGUUUAUUUUGGCUUAGAGUUCAGGGAAGUCCAGGAAACAGAGAAUCCUUGUCUUCAGCUUGCUUUCUCUUUUCCAUUCAGUCCAGGUAACCAUGGGAUGGCAUCCUCACAUUCACAGUAGGUCUGUCUUCCUCACGUACACCUUUCUAGAAACACCCUCCUAGGUAUUUCCAGUGCUGUGUUUCCAUGGUGAUUUAAGACCCUGUCUUAGAAAUAAAAAUUCAGGCAUGACACUGAAUAGCUACAGAAAUGAAAGAUGGUCAGAAGCAAACGAUGGAUAGUUUAGAGGACUAAUUCCAUUAUGAUACAGCUAAUUCUUGACUUGGCAAUCAGAGAGAUGGUGAGGGAAUGAAAUAAGACCCUUACUGUCCCGUUUGUAAAAAUUCAGGUUGGACUUGCUUUUCUGUGUAACAGCAGUUACCCGGGAAACACUCCAGCAAGAUGAGAACUUUAAAGAGCUCCCAGGAAGAGACACACUGGUUACCGUGCUGAAAGACAGUUGAGAAGUUGGUGGAAUCCAGUGAGGUCUGUAGAGUGAAGUGGAACAUAUUCCAUGAAUAUAGUUUAAGGAAUUUGAUAAAGAUUUGGCUAGGGAGCCAGAUGCCGUGGUGCACACCUCUAAUCCCAGCACUCGGUAAGGUAGAGGCAGGCAGAUGUCUGUGAGUUUGAGGCCAAUCUGGUCUACAAAGCAAGUCCAGGACAGCCAAGGCUACACAGAGAAACCCUGUCUCAAAAAACAAAAUAGGGUAGGGUGUAUUUAGGGUAAAGAGCACUAGAGUAUGCUUGUGAUGGUUAAAAAAGAUAAAAAGCCAGAGUUGUUACAAUAGCCAUUGUGCUUUCUUUUUUGGAAGUAAGAACCUGGAGCUCCAGGCAUGGUGACACACAGUUGUAAUUCCAGCACUCAAGGGACAGCCUGAGCUGUGACGCUAGACUGUCUUCAAGAGAAAACCUAGGUGCUCUAAGACCUGAUUGUAAUGUAGUUUCAAUUCAAGGGAUAGAUGAGGUGGGGAGAAUAGGCUUGCCAUCCUCCAUCCCUCCCCCAGUUCUCUGGGGUAAUCACAGGCCCACUGUAGUCACGGGAGGUGUUUUUGAGACAGUUCCUGUUUUCCCUCUGUAUUUAGGUUGGCUUUUUGUUUUUAAUAUCACCAUUACAGGGAUCCUACUGGUUCACAUAAGAGUAGUUUUACUGUGUAUUUAUUCAGUAAUUUGGUGGUUCCACAGAAUGUACUGUACGCCCCAGUAUAUGUGUGUCUACAGGGACAGUCAUAGAGAAGGCCAGGACUUUACCCUCAAGGUCCAUCAGAGUGGAAAGCUGGAUAUCCACCGAUAGAACCUGUUACCCACAAUGCCUCCUGGUCGCAAAGGACAACUCUUUCAGGAAACUGUUUUUUCCUUCUGCCAGCCUGAUUUCCGCUGCUUGUCUUCCUCCUGAAGUUCCCAUCCUGAUUACUACUCUAAACUGCACAUUUUCUGGAAAAUCAGUGAAGAGCCCUCACCAUGUUACCCAAAGGCCAGAGCAUAGCUCUAAGCCUGUGUCCUAGGCCCAUGUCCCCUGAGAGAGCACAGCAUGACCUGCAAAGCCCAGGUCUGAUAGCCCAUGCAGUGUGACUAGUAAGCUGUCCCCCGGCAAUUAAAAAGACCUAAUUCACUCUCUAGUUAUGGCUGAUUCAUGGCAAGAAUGUGAUACUACUUCAAGAAUGUGCUAGCAUGAAAACUGUAAAAUAAUUCAAUAGCCACCAAGAAGAAAGAAAGAUAAAAUGAUGGAGCGACAUUUAUCAGAGAACAUCCUAAUUUUCUAGUUUUGUUCUAUUUUUGCACAUGUAAAUAUGAAUGGAAAUUUAGCAUGGCCAUUUCCACCAUGCAAUGGGUUUUUAUAAUCCCUGCCAAGUUCAACAACACUCAAAAUGCUGUCAUUCAUUUACAGGCAGAGCUUUGCCCUUGUACCUUGCAGUAGGCAGGGCUGAGAAGGCACUGCUUUGUCUCAGGUAGACCCCAGUCAUUUCACUGGCAUGUGCACAGAAUGCAGUGCAGACACUGGUAAAGGACAAGGACUUUAGACCUGUUCUGGCUGAGAGAAGGCCUGCCACUUCUGUUAGUGCCUCAGUUUCCUCCUCUGAGACAGAAGGCUGGAUGAAAUCUAGUCUUCAAAUUUUCCACCUUUUUUUUUUUUUUUUUUUUUUUUUUUGAGUCAUGUCAAUUCAAACAGGUUAGAUGAGUGCUCUACAGCCUCUGGCUCCUGCCUAACAGCACAAGGGGAAUGGAACCUUACACAGAAGAGAAAAGAUGCCAGCUGGGGCCAGAAGACAGGGCAAAACCAGAGGCUAUCUGCCACUGUCCGUUCACUCCUUGCUAUCCAGGCAGCUGGCUCUCAGAAUCCAAAGGGCCUUGAAGAAGAGGACAUGUUACAGCAGCCCAGGACACUUUCUUCCCAAGGCAGAUCUUGUUUGGGGGGAACUUUACCCCAACCAUAACAUCCAUUAGUUUCCUACAAAGUCUUGUAGCCUGGCCAUGGCCAGAAAUCCAAGGGGUCUUAGGCUAAAUGCUUGCCUCACAAGCAUCUUUGCUGCUAGCCUCAGCUUUAACAACAGCUUGCAAAACACCCCAACAUCACCCUGAGAAAUAAUUUACAUCUAACUUGUGUCUGCCUAAAGAGACACUGAUGAGUUUGGACAGCUGUAUAUACUGACAAAAUGCCAUCAUGACAAAAUCCACAGCAUUUUGUAUUCCGACCAAAAUUCCCACCGGUCCUCUCCUUCCUCUGUGGUGCCUUUCUUUGUCAUUCUCUCUUUGUUGGGGAUGGACCUAAUGUUUUACCAUAGAACUACACCCCCAGUUGGGUCCUGCAUUUUUGUGGUCUAUGCCUACCUUGCCCAAGCCAACCACUGGCAUGUUUCUUGUCACUAGAGAGGUGGCUUGCCCCCUUUCCCUCAGCUUUGGAUUCAACACACUGCAUCCAUACAAUGGAUUGCUUCCCCUGUGUUCUGUAAGCUUACACCACAGCAGUAAUUCCUGGUUUGGAUCCAUUGUGAAUAAACAUUCACACACUAGUGUCCGCAGGAGCGUGCACCUGCACUUUCUUAGCGAACAGCUGGGAGCAGAAUGCUGGCUUGUAUAGUAGGAUUAUGUCGCAUUUUGAGAUAACUCAAGACUUCGGGACAUUGCUUUGCCUUUGAAGCAGGAAAGAUGUGUUUUUUCUGAGGUACAGCCUUCAGCCCUUUCCUGUCCCACGAUGAUGAAUGCUGUACGGACAAAAGAGGUGAUCAUAAGCUGUAGUCCAUUUCCUUCAUCUGUGGAGGAAGAGAUUGGGGCCAGAGGAGAAGAAGGCAUCUCCCAAACAAGUCACACACCGUGUCAACAGUGCAGGAAAGUGCCAAGUGGGAGUGAGCACUGGGUGACAAAAGCAGCGUGUGGAGUUUUUAGUCAAAGGCAAAGCCAGGAAGAGCUGUGUCCACGCUGUCAUGGUUCAGUUAACUCAGCCAUUUAUAUCCGAUGGCACACUGUUUCGCAGUGUCCAGCGAAACUUCCCAAAGGUUAAGUUUUGAAGAACCCUCAUUUCUCUGGGCUGGCCUUUGGGAGUUGGGGACAGGCGCACUCCUUUAUGGGGACACCCCACCCCAGAUGGAGUGUAAGAUGGCAUUCCCCAUUAUAACAGACAUUGAACCAAAUCACUACUUGACAAAAUAUUCUUCUUAAUCUAAAACUUUACCUGCAAACCUCCUAAUAUUAAAAUCAUAUUUCAAUAUAACUAAGAUUCUGGUUGAAACAUUUUUCUCCGUUGUGCUUGCCAGGCAUGGGUCAGGGAAGGAUAUUUAGGAGCGUUCUUAGUGACAGCAGCAAGGAUCUUAUUUUAGCUGAACACCUCUUGAUACAUGGCAUUUUAAGUAUUGCAAUUAAGUAGUCAGUAUUUUGAGGAGAGAAAAUCAAGUCACUUGAAAACUUAAUCAUACCCUCAACAACAAACAAAAUUCUACUUAUCACUUGUUCUAGCUAGUUUUGUGUCAACUUGACACAUGCUGAAAUCAUCUGAGAGGAGGGAACCAUAACUGAAAAAAAAAAAAAAUGCCUCCACAAGACCAGGCUGUAGGCAAGCCUGGGGACAAUUUCUUGGAGAUUAAUAGAGAAGAGGGCCAUUGUGGGUGGGAACACCCCGGUCCUGGGUUCCAAAAGAAAGCAGGCUGAACAAGCCAGUAAUCAGCACCCUGCAUGGACUCUGCAUCAGCUCCUUCCUCCCAGGCUCUACAUGGUUGAAGUUGGGAAUUUGAGAUGUGGAUGAUUAUAUUGGUUAAUUUUUUUUUCUUGGUUUAUUUUUUCUAAUCAAGUGAAAAGAACUGUGUGAAAUUCAGAAAUUCUUUGAGCUAAACAAUAAAAAGAGUAACAGCUGUGCAAAGCUCUGAUCAUCUUGCUGUCACAUUUGUCUGUUCACCUAACCAGAAGCCAGGUUCACAGAGAAACAAAGGCUCAUCACUGCUCUGAGUCUGAAGACUAAGCUGAAUCUCCAAGGCACAUGGUGUUACUAUGUAACUCUGGCUGCCCCAGAACUCACUGUGUAGACAAAAAUGGCCUUGAACUUAGAGAUGUGCCUGUCUCUGCCUCCCCUUUAACUGCUGAAAUUAAACGCUUCAAAACCUAUUCUGAAACCUUCUAUCAGGCAGAGUGAUGAAAAAUGGCUUGUUACAGAAUGCUCAUCGCCUAUGAGGGCAGUGGCUCCAAAGAGCCAGCUUAUCCAGCCCUUCCCUCAGAACAACAAUCUGCCUGGCCUUUCCCACAGAAAAUAACGAGAUGAGAGAUUUUUCUUACAAGGGAAACUAGGCAUUACACCGGAAACACUUUCCCCAGCAAAUCCGUAACACCUGCAGCAAUGGUCCUUGACCUGAAGCUCAUCCUUCCUUGCAUUGGUGCUAUCUAUGCAGGCCACACAGGGAGACCUAACUUUAGUCCUGGGUUGCCAGAAUCCUGCAAUCUCCAGUCACAGUUCAGCCUUGGGAUAGAUAGAAGAGCAAAAAAGUUCCAAUCAAGAGAUUCAAAACAGAUUGGGAGCAUCUACCACUGAAACUCCCUUAUGCUGGCUGCUCCUACCUGGAAGUUCAGAACCAGAUGUCUGAUGUUACCUACCCCCUUUUUCAGGCCAUGCUGGACUGUUCUUCAGGCUAUCCUUUCUAAUUCCUUUCUCCUUGCACAGGGUCCACUGUCAGGGCUUCCAAGGGCUCCUGCUUUCUCUUCACUCUUGUUAUCUCUGUAAUAGGUGCGCCAGCCAUCCUUUCCUGGUAACCCUGAGUCAAUUUUUCCCAUUACUCUACUCUCCUAUACAUGCAUCAGAUCAGUGAGACCUCUGGGGAAGCAAGCAACACAAAUUCAUGUGGGUUCCGUGAGGACCAAGGCCUAGACAGCUCUGCCCAGCAGCCCCUGCAAGUUCAUGAUAGCAGGUGCAUUUCCUCGAGCCUCAGUGUCUAUAUUGGAGACCUGGCUGUGCAAGUGUACCCCUAUAGCUCAUCCCUGGAACCCACAUGAAGUUGGAAAUAAAGAACCACAAAUUUUUCCUCCACAUGAACAAGCUCUUCUUAACCCACAACCAAUAACAACAAAAAUUUUUUUCUGUUCAGCAGAAAAACAAAACACGGCUUUUGUCAAUACAAGAUUUAGGCUUUCUUUUCUCCCCUGGCAUUAUCUAAGUUCCAUGUCAGGGGAAAGUUGGUCAGUUGGAGGCUGGGUAUGUCGUGGCCCCCCAUCCAUGCUACCAUGUGUCAGGACACCUGAGCUCCCUUUGUGCCCCAGAUUCAGGACAGUGAUCGCAUGCUCCUUAUCUUGAACCCUGUCCAGGCACAGUAGCUUUUUCUUUUGUUAGCUACCUCAUGCCAAGGGCUGAGCAAGGACCGUUUGUUGGGGGCCUUCAGGCCAUUUCUUCUCCAUGAAGAAUUAUUCUGAUCGUCAAACCAGGACUCCAAGGUACUCUUCUCAAUUGAGUAGUUCCAGAGAUCUACUGUUUAUCCUCAAAGCCUUUGGGAUGGGAGGAAAUCUGUGGCCAGGGCCCUUCCAUAGUGACUUUCCAACCCCCAACAGACUUCCUUUUGCUGUCUUUACUCAUCACACUGGUGUCAGUUCUCAAUCUCAGUUACCAUGAAAACUUAAAAGCAGAGAAUAAGAUACUGCAGGGCCCACUCAAUCCUGGGGGGUCACUGAACUGGAAAGGUUUUUGUGGAUACUGAAUUGAGGUGGGGAAAGGAAUAAUAGAUGCCAGGGAAAAAGCAAAUGGUAAAAAUGCCAAAUGCCUCCCUAUCUCUUACCUCUUGUCUUGUUCAGCUGUUUGUCAUUUCUAGUUUCCUUUCUUACCUACACUGCCACAGUUAAGAGCCCUCCUCAGUCUGACCAUGCAGGGUUUCUGAGCCUUUCCCAGUGACUUAAUCUUUUUAGUGCAACUGCAGUCAUGUUACUUCAAGGGUUUCACUGAUUCUUCACUUGGGAAUGUAGGGCUUCUAAGGACAUGAGCCAAGCCUUCAGAUCUGUUCUUCCUUCUGUGCUGAGCCACUGGUGUGCUCAGCCAGGGUCUCAGGGCUGAUGUUGAAUGUGUUCUGUUUCCUACAUCACUUGAGUUUUCAGUGGGCAGCCACCCCUCUUUUACAUCACAGUUCAAUGCUUCCUCCUCCAAGGCCACCAGCUCCUUCCCCACAUGGAAUGGAUCCCCUGCUUUGCAGUGCUGUAACCAGACACUAUGCAGCUCCCUUUCCAGUCUGUGUGCUCUUGAUGGUGAAGAUUGGGCUUCUCAUCUCUGUUUUCCCUGGGCUGAUGCACACUUCAUACGUGUUCAUAAAACCAGCCAGAUGGCAUUAGAUGUCACCAGAGGCAAAGUGAAGGAUGUGACAGGAGGCUCCUGACUGAGAGGGAGACAGUGUCCUCAUCUGCCACAGUCCAGCACUUUCCCAUGUCUUUCCAUUCUGUCUCAUCUUUCUGUUUGCCAUUUUAAAGAUUACAACUAAGCCAAGACUACAAAACAGCAUGGGCUUUAAACUACCUUCUAUUUUUCACUGGCGUCCCUGGUACCUUCAGGUUUCAGGGACUGGCCUGGUAAAAAGCAAAGGAAACCAUAGGGUUUCUGCUGCACGAUGCUCACCCAUGUCAGCACGCUUGAAUCAGAGCCUGCAAAUACUUCUUUAAAAGGCAGUAUAAAAAUUUAUCAGUUUGCACCAUUUGGUUCAAUGAGUUAACAGUGCUUUCCCCAUAAGCCUGUAAGCUCUGAGCUUUAUCUGCAGAAUUUAAGUAAAAGCAAAAGGAGAGGGUAGCACCGCAGCCAUUCAUAGACCUGCCCCAGGCGCAGAGAUCGAUAGUUUGCUGCUGCUUCUAAAGCAGCAACAUGCCCAGUGUCAAGUCACACACAUGUGCUGGACAGUGCUGUAACUGAGGAGUUUCAUCAAGGGGAGUCAAACAUUUAAUCUUGUAGCUUUCAGCAAUGUUUUCCCCAGAGUUCAUGCUCUCUAUUGAUUGUGGAGUUUUAAAGGCACUUGGGAUAUUUGGUAAGUGGUAACUAAGUAACCCUGAAUACUCCUAAAACUUCGCAGGUAGUCUGUGUGUGUUGGGGGGUGAGAAAUGUCUAACCUCAUGUUCAAAAUGAAGAAUUCUGUGGAGAAGAGAACGGAAUUAGGCAGAUUUACAUGUACCAGUUGGGACAUCUAAUAGUCUAAAAAAAGGUAAGGGGGAAAAUACCUUAUGAUAGAAUUUACCCCACAAACUAAAGGUCUUAAUAAAUACAUGUACCUUGUGUAUAGAUGCAUAAAAUAUUGAAAGAAUGACAUCAAAGCAUCAUAGUAAUGAAGUAGAAAGCAACAUAGGUCCAGCGGGCUAACAGAGUUUCACCUGAGUCUGAUGUCCAGAAUCCAUAAUGGUGGGAAAACUGACUCCCAUAUGAACUGAGGCCCAUAUGCCCCCUCCACAAUAAUAAAUAAACUUUUUUUUUUUGGCAUAUAGGAACCACUGUAUAACUAAGGCAAAUUCCUCCUCCUCCUCCUCCUCCUCCUCCUCCUCUUCUUCUGUUUUUUUUUUUCUUUAAGGUACAGAGGUUGGAAACAGUACCACAUGAGAUGGAAAGCAAGCUAUUUGAUUCUUGACAGGCUGAUAAGUAUUACACAUUGAAAAAUCUAUAUACUGCCUUUAAAAAAGUAUUUUCGUGGCAUGGUUCAAGCGUGUUGCCAAGGGUGAGCAUGGUGCAGCAGAAAGCCUGUGCUGUCCUGGUUGCCUUUCACCAGGCUAGUCCCUAAAUCCUGUUGAAACUGAGUCCCCCAUGUUAAAAGUGGGGUGACAAAACUCUGGUCAUAAGACUACUGUGAAAGCUGCUGUGCUGAACAGCCACACCCUGUAAAUCACACAGCUGUGAUUAUGCUCAGGCCAUGCUCAGGCCUGCAGCACUGGGGUCUCUUUGCACGAGCACACUGUAAAAUAAAAGUUCUGCUACAGGAGACCACGAUUAACGAAACAGAAAAAAAAAAAAAAAAGAUGAACACGAGUAACUUUAAAGUUAUUGUUUAUUUGACAAUUCCCAAGUUGACUUGAAAAAUUUAUAUUUUCAGCAAACUGUGAAUACUGGUGGCUUCUUUUUCCUUCCUGCAAUGGCAAACAUGCUCAAUUUGUUGCCCAAGUGACAAAUAACGUCUACCCAAGGAAUUCAAACUAAUUUUAAAUGUAACUCAGACUAAAAAAAAAAAAAAAAUUAAA